AUGUUGAUAUCAAGACCCAUUCUCGCGCGCUACGCCGGCAUCGCCAUCAUACUCAUCGCCCUGAUUCUCCUGGCGUUUCGCGUGCCGCGGCUCGUCAAUUCUCACCUUUACGACCUCUCUUAUGGAACAUAUUUCCAGCGACAAUUCCAAGUCUUUGCGCUCACAGCUUCAUGUGGCCGCUUUACCCCCGAUGUAGCGGCGCAUUUCGACUAUGACUCCCUGACUCUCGUCCCAAACCAGCAAGAUAUCGCAGAAUGUGCCGCUUUGAACCGUAAGCAGCUCGCCUUGAGUGCUACCAGAGACGACCCCAGCGCAAGCAAAGACGACCUCUUCCGGGAGAAAUACGCACAAGUCCUCGACGCCUGCACCAGCGGCACCAAAGCAAAAUGUUUGAUUCUCGAAGACGACAUCGUCUUCCUGCAUACUCCGCAGCGAACGCGCGAGAUUCUCGUUGAAAAUACGAUUCCACUCUUCAACGAUGGAGAAAUCGAUGCGUUUGAUUGCACGAAGAGGGGAUUUGGAUGGUUGUCUAGUACGACUACAGGGAUGGGAAGCCAGUGCCGCGUUUAUAGUAAGCAUUCGGCGCCUUGCAUGAGUCAGUGCUUGAGGGAUCAGAAGAAGGGCUCGCAGCUCGAUACUGGGCUUGCGAAUUGUCAGGUGCGGUGUAAGUUGAAUCAGAAGAGGUUUUUGCUGGUUGUUCAUGGGGGGUUAUCGUCUACCAUGGAGAGGCCAGGAGCGUGA